AUGACAACACUAGUUUUUAGUAUUUUAUUACUGUGUGCAUCUUCUCUAGAGGUUAGUUUAUCUGAGUAAUGCUUAUGCUCAGAAUUAAAGAGUAAGAAUGAUUGCAUAAUAAAUUGUUCAUGGGAUAGUAUUACAAGUAAAUGUUAGGACAAAUAACCAGAGAGUGAUGCAUCUACUUAUCCAGUGAGUUAAUUAUGUUAGAAUAUUAAAAGUAAGCCAGAGACAGAUUGUCCUAUCACAUUAGGAUGUGCAUAUUAUGAAGAUAAAGACAAGAAAUUAUAAUGUGAAUAGUUUAGUGGGUGUUAAGCUUAUACAAGGACUUCUAAUGAUGAAUGUCAAAAAGUGUCAUCAUAAUGUACAAGUGAUGGAGUGAUUUGUAUUGACCCUUUAAAAUGUGAAGAAUAUUUAAAUCAAACUUUGUGUUUGUAGAAUAUAAGUACAUCUGGAACAGGAAAAUGUAAAUGGUUAGAAACAGAGAAAAAAUGUAUGGAUUAAAUAUGUACUGAUGCACCAGAAACACUUAAUACUAAUGCUUAAUGUAAUAGAUUUUUAAAAGGUUGUAUUUCAACAGGUAAAGGAUGUAUACAAGAACUUUAAACUUGUUCUACCUAUCCAAAAGAUGAUUGUUUAGGUAGAAUAGGUUCUGAUGGUUAUUGUCAAGAGAAGGAUGGAACUUGUUAAAGAAUACCAUGUAGUGAGGCACCUUAAUAUUAGCAUGAUAAACAAUGUUAAACAUUUUAAAUUAAUUGUUUAACCAAUGGAAGAGGUUGUGUAGAACCUCCAUUACAAUUAUGUUCAACCUAUUAAGAAGAAGGCUCAAAUUGUUUAGUUCAUAUAGGAUCAGAUGGUCGUUGUGAACCCACUCCUGAUUAGAAAGUAUGUAGAGAAAGGUAAUGUAAAAGUUCAAAGGGAACUACUAAUGAAGCAUGUAAUAAUUACAAAGAAGGUUGUAUUACUACAGGAGUAGAAUGCACUGAUAAAUUAGAGUUAUGUUCUACUUAUUCUGAUAAUUGUGAUGUCAGAAUAGGAUCAGAUGGUUAAUGUAAAACAGGAACAGGAACCUCUUGUGUAUUAAGAUUAUGUACUGAUGCUGAUACUAAACUAAAAACUGAUUAAGAAUGUGAAUAAUUUUAAAAAGGUUGUGUUACUUCAGGUUCAGGAUGUGUAGCUGUUGCAACCAGAAAAUAAUGUAAAGAAUACAAAGGUACUAAGACAACAUGUGCUCUUAUUGUAGGAUCUGAUGGAAGGUGUAAAGGAACUGAUGAAGUCAACGAGACCAAUUGUAUUAUUGCUUCCUGUUCAGAAGCUCCAAUAGAAUAUAAAACUCAUGAUCAAUGUUCAUAAUUUCAUUCAAAUUGUUUAUCCAAUGGAGCUGGAUGUGAAGAUAAAAAUACAUGUUUAUCAACUUAAAGUGAAUUGGCUUGUAAAGGUACUUCUAAUUGUUAUUGGAAUUCUAUUUGUGUUACUGCAUAAUGUACAUCAUAUACUACAAUCAGUAUCUGUAAUCAGAAUCAAGAAAAUAAUUAACCAUGUUUUUGGACUGGAGCAUCUUGUAGAAGACUUGAAUGUACAGAUGCUCCAAAAACUUAUAUUACAAAUGAAGAUUGUGAGAAAUUCCUAACUGGUUGUCUCACAACUUUAGAAGGAUGUGUUCAUAAUUUAAGUCCAUGUACUUCAUAUACUGGAAAGGCAGAACAAUGUUAGAGUUUUAUAGGGAAUGGUAAAAGAUGUUGGGGUACUAGCAAUGCCACUAAAGAACCUUGCACUGAAAGAUUAUGUACUAUUGAUACAACUAGUACUACAGAUGAAGACUGUAAUAAAUUUUAAUUCAAUUGCAAAACUAAGGGAACUGGAUGUAUAAGUCAUACAGAACCUUGUUCAUCUUAUUCUGGAGAUUCUAAUACUUGUGCUAAAUAUACUGGUUCAAAUGGAAAAUGUUAUAAUGAUGCAGGCAGUACAUCUGCAUGUAGAUUACUAUAAUGUAUUGAUAAUACAACUGCAACAAGUGAUGAUGAAUGUUCUAAAUUUUUAAUUGGUUGUUUAUAUGGAGGUGCUGGAUGUAUAAUUUCAACUGAACCUUGUACAAGUUAUACAGGUACAUCUACAGAAAUAUGUUCUAAAUUCACUUCAAAUGGUGUUUAAUGUUGGUGGGAAAAUGGUUCUAAUUGUGUUGAUAAAUCAUGUGCUCAUAAUAUAACUGCUACAACAGACAAGGAUUGUGAAGAAUUUCUUGUUGGUUGUGUUACUAAUGGAGCAGGAUGUUAACAUUUUUCUCUUGAAUGUAAUGCAUACAAUGGCACUCAAAGUGCUUGUAUGUAAUUUAAGGGUAAUAAUAAACCUUGUACUUUAAGAAGUUAGUGUACUUAAAAAUCUUGUACUGAAGUAACAAAUCCUACUUCAAAUGCAGAUUGUAUUGGAUAUAUGAAAACUUGUAGAUUUGAUGGUUCAAAAUGUAUUGUUGCUUUACCUACUUGUGCUUCUUAUACUGGAGAUAGUACUUUAUGUUAAUCACUUUCUGAUUCUAAUAAUGUAGGCUGUUGGCUUCCAACUGGAACUAAUGGUUCAUGUGUUAAUAGAUUAUGUUCAGACAUAGGAUCAGCUUAAAGUUAAAAAGAUUGUGAUGAUUUUUUGUUAGGAUGUGUAUUUGAUGGAUAAUCAUGUUAAUAAAAAUAAAAUAAUUGUGUUGAUUAUACUAAUUUUACUUAAGAUGGUUGCAAAUAAGUUAAGACGAUUAGUGGAAAUAAAUGUUGGAAAAAUGAUAAUUCAAUAGGUAAUUGUGAACCAAUAUCUUGUGAUAAUAAUAUUGAUUCACCUUCAGAAGAAGUAUGUAGUUCAUAUUUGAGUACAUGUGUAUUUACAGGUACCAAAUGUGUUGCAGCAUAAAAUUCUUGUACUUUGUAUACAGAUUUUACUAUGGAUGCUUGUAAAGUAGUUAAAAAAGUUAAUGGUGAUAAAUGUUGGGCAACAGCAGAUGGUACAUGUAUAGAGAGAUAAUGCAGUGAUGUUGUAGCACCAACAGGAGUAGAUCUAAACAAUGAUAAUUGUGUUGAAUAUUUGUCAACUUGUAGAUUAGGAAUGUCUAAUUUAUGUAUAGAAUCCAGGGCUACAUGUGCAGAUUAUGGACCAGCAUUUUCUCCUAAUGUAUGUUAAUAAAUAACAGCAACAGAUGGCAGUUAAUGUUGGUUGGAUUCUAAUGGCCUUAAUGGUUUAUGUUAAGGAGCUAAGACUUCAUGUAUAGAAUAUACUUAGGUAUCAUAAGAACUAUGUAAAAAAUUAAAAGAUGUAAAUGGAUAAUUAUGUUGGAAAUCAUCAGCAGGAUAAGGUGUUUGUGAAGAAAGAAAAUGUUCAAAUUAAAUUGCAAAUAUUAGUUAAUAAAAUUGUCAAUUACAUUUUUAAUCUUAUACUUCUGAAACAUAAUGUACAUAUUCAGGAGUUGGAUAAAUGUGCACAUCAUUAUAAGAUGAUUGUUAGAAAUAUUCUGGUUUUACUUAAUAAUCAUGUAGAACAGUGAUAACAACUCUUGAUAAAAAAUGUUGGAAAACAGCUGCAGGAGUUGGAACUUGUGAAAAUAGAACUUGUGAUUAAAAUGUUAUUAAUCCAUCAUUUGAAAAUUGUUAGGCUCAUCUUGCUAUUUGUACUUUUAAUGGUUAGACUUGUUAAUAAAAAGAGAAUUAUUGUAAUAGUUAUACAAAUAUGUCUCCAGAAUAAUGUUAAACUAUUAUAUCUAAUAUUGAUGGUAAAUGUUGGUCUGUAUCUACUGGUAUAGGUUCAUGUAUAAAGAGAACAUGUGAACAUAAUACAACUUCAAUAUCAGAUAUUGUUUGUGAAGAUUUUCUUAGUGGAUGUGUAAGUAAUUCAAAAGGGUGUGUUUUAGCAUCAAAUGCAUGCAAUACUUAUAUUGGUACAACAAGUCUAUGCAAUUCUUUUAAUGGAUGUAAAAGAGAUGAAGAUGCUGAUGGUGUAUGUGGUGUAAGAAAUUGUUUGGAUGAUUAAGAUUCUUUAACAGAUGAAAAUUGUAAUAAAUUUUUAGAGGGAUGUGUUACUAAAGGUAAAGGAUGUAUUUCAAAAACUGAACCAUGUUCAUCAUAUUUAGGUAAUAGAGAAACUUGUAUGAAAUUUACAGGAAAUGGAAGAAGAUGUUGGAAUACAUUAGAUGCUACAAAUAGAAGUCCAUGUCUUGAUAGAUAAUGUUCUGAUAAUGAUUAUAGUACAACAGAUACAGAUUGUGAAGCCUUUUAAUAUGGAUGUGUAACAAAAGGAACUGGAUGUAUAGAUAAAACAUUACCUUGUUCAAAAUAUUAAGGUACUUAAACUACUUGUGCUAAUUUUAGUGGAUUAAAUGGAACUAAGAAAUGUUGGAAUGUAAUUACAGCUGUAUCUACAUCAGCUUGUAUUGAUAGAUUAUGUACUCAUAAUGCUAAAUUAACAACUGAUAAAGAUUGUGAUCAAUUCUUAACUGGUUGUGUUACAAAAGGUACUGGUUGUGUAAAUAAACAAUUAUGUAAAAACUUUUUAGGUACAAUAAAAACUUGUCCUAAUUUUUCUGCAACUGAUAAACCUUGUAAAGGAGUCAGUAAUGUUGUAGCAUCUUGUGAAUCAGUCAAUUGUUAUGAAGCUCCUAAUACAGCAGAUUCUGAUACUACUUGUGAUAAAUUUAAACCUAAUUGUAAAACUACUGGAUUUGGAUGUGUUAGUACUAUUACUUGUGAAGAUAUCUAAACUAAAGCUGUUUGUUAAGCAAAUCCUAAUUGUGUUUAUACAUCUAAUUGUAGAGAAUUACAAAAUGAUUGUUCCAUAUUCAGAACUUAAAGUCUAUGUGUUAGUACACCAGUUGUAGGUACAGCAACUUUGAAAUGUUCAUGGCAUUAUGAAGGUGGUAAAGGUGUAUGUGGAAAUUGGAAAUGCACUGAUGCUUCUAAAACAAUUACCACUCAUGAUGCUUGUAAAUUAUUACAUUAAAAUUGCACUUCUUAAGGAAAUGGUUGUAUUGAAAUUAGUCCUUGUGCAAGUUAUACUACUUCAAUUGUAUGUUAAGCAGCUAAAACUACUGAUAAGGGUGAUACUUGUAUUUGGGAUAAAACAUCUUGCAGACCCAAAAAAUGUUCAGAUGCAUCCAAAGCUUUUAAAACUGAUUAAAAAUGUGAUGGAUAUUUAAAAGAUUGUUUAACUACUGGUUAAGGUUGUGAAUCACGACCUUUUGGUUGUGAUAAAAUUAUCACUUAAGCAAGAUGUACUGUAGAUACAUAAUUGAAUCCUUGCAUAUGGUAAAAUGGUAAAUGUAUUUCAUAUAAAUAAUGUUCUGAUAAUGUCAAAACUACUUUUGAAGAAUGUUAAACUUUUGGAGAAAAAUGUAUUAGUGAUGGUACAACAUGUUUAUCUAUUACAUUAUGUGAAAGAUAUAAAAAUGAAAUUAGUUGUAUAUAUGGAACAGAUGGAGUUUGUGGAUGGCUACCACCAAAUGGAUCAGAUCCUGCAAAAUGUGUUCUAUUUAAAGAAUGUAAAUAAGCAAUUAGUUCAGAUAAUGCUACUUGUGGAAUAUUUUCUAAUUCAUGUACUAUAUAUAAACAUUCUACAUGUUCCACUUUACCUACAUGUAUAAGUGAUGGUAAGUAAUGUUUCCCUAUUGGUAAAUGUGAUACUUACUUAACUGAAUAAGCAUGCUCUAAUCUUGGUGUUGAUGGUAAAUGCUUUUGGGAAGUUAAAGAUUCUAAUACUAAAUGUAGAUUAAGAGAAUGCACAGAUGCUACUAUUUAAAAUGCAAAUAAUAUUGUGACUCAUUAAAGUUGUAAUGCAUUUUAAGCCACUAAGACUUGUACUACAGAUAGUAAAGGAUGUAUCAAUAUGAAUAAAUGUGAUAAAUAUGAUAAAAAUAGUUGUUUCUAUGGAACAGAUGGCGAAUGCAUUUUUGAUAAUGAUAAAUGCAGAAUCAAAAUUUGUUCAGAUUUCAAAGAAAUUACUAGUACAGCAUGUAAUCUUAAAUUAAAAGGAUGUAUUUCUGAUGGUAUAACCUGUCUUGCUUAAUCUAAUUGUUCAACUUAUAAAACUAAGGUUGCUUGUCAUUCUAAUGGAACUGAUGGGAUAUGUGUUUGGAAUGAAGUAAAAAAUAAAGAUGAUACAGUAACAUCCACUUGUAAACUUAUGACUAAAUGUGAAGAUGCACAUUAAGAUUAAAUUGCUUGUGAAUUCAAAAAAUAAGCAUGUAGAUAUAAUACAGAUGCAAAAAGUAAAAUAAGCACAUGUAUUUCUCAUACUUGUGCAUCAUUGGCUAUAGGCACAACAUGUCUUCCAAUAUUAUCUAUUGAUUCAAAAAAGGCUACAAUUUGUGUACCAAACAAACCCAUUUAGAAUAACAAUUCAACAACUGGAACUAAUUCAACAACUGGUACUAAUUCAACUACAGGUACUAAUUCAACUACAGGUACUAAUUCAACUACAGGUACUAAUUCAACAACUGGAACUAAUUCAACUAUCAGUAUACCAUGCAUAGAAGGGGAUCCAACAAUAUUAGAAUAACCAUAUUGUUUUAGUUAUAGUUCUUAUACUUAUUCAUUUGAUUCAUCUUAAGUUAAAUGCACUAAAUGUAAAACAGUUACAACUAAUUCAUCUACAAAUUCUACUCCAUCAAAUAGUACUAAUACUACUGAAGAUGAUAGUGGAGUAGUCAUAACAUUUACAACCAUUUUAAUGAUUUUUAUAGGAUUGUGA